AUGGGGUGCCAGUGUGCUGAUUCAGACAGCCGAUCAGAUGAAGCCUCAGAAGCUCAUCGCAGUGCUGCUACUGUGUUGGGAAGAAAUCCUUACCCGCAUGCUUUUCUGGACUGUCACAGGGGGCUACCGCUACUCCUGCUGCUUCUGCUUCUGUUCGCGCUAGGUCUACCUGUGUCUGGGAAGUACUCAUUUGACGACAUUGAGAUUGCGGGAACAGCAGAUGUGUCACUUCCACUUCCCCGUCCCUUCGACGCAACUGCCUGUUCUUUCCAUCACCUAGCACAACAGCAGAAGCUGCUUCUUGCGCUGCAGCAGUUGCAGCACGCAAAAAGUCGCCCUUUGAUACAGGAUGCACAGGUGGAGGCUCUCAUUAAGGCCAGUCUGUCUGGGCUAAUCACUGAAGAGGCAGAGCGAUUUAUCAAAUUCGGCCGCCAGGCGGAAAUAAGUGUGAAGCUGAAAUUCACUAAUCGGGGGAAGUCCCCUGUCUCUUCCGUAUUUAUAUUGCUGCCUUACUCUGAGGCCACGCAGCUUGGAUGGAUAACUGCAUCCGGUCAAAAAGGCAAGCAACUGGAAGUGCAGUCUGUGCUCCCCCCACUCCCAAGCAUAUCUACUCUCCGGUGGGAAGACUGGGGGCUGAGGCCGCUGCUCUUAGAGCAAACAGAACACCACCUCAAAUCGGCGAGCGACGGGGGAGGCAACUCAUUCGUCUCCCCCUGCUGGCCACACAUAUUUCGUUUGCAACUGCAAGAGGCUCUACCUGUCUCCGAAUCUACGACUCUGACGGUGUCUUACGUUCUUGGCCGUCCAUACCGCCCUGUGCCCCGUACCCUAGACCUUGAGUCGAUUCAGUCUGUGCUGUUCGCAACCUCUUCUAACUGGCCUCUACCCUACAAGACGCUGCGGAGCACUCUAUCCCUACAGCUUCCCCCACAAACAACUCUUGGAGAGGAAGGCGAGCGACAUAUGUCGCAGAAGUCAUUCCGUAAGCUGCCGGGAGAGAUGUGGAAGUGGGAGUCUACCGAUCCCAUCGAUCCCCUGGAGAUCAUGCAGCCAUUUGCUGUCAUAUUUCCCCUACCUCAACAUCUCGGCUAUGUCUUAACGAUGGAACGGUUGCUGGUCGUUCCUCUCAGCGGCACUGCGGUCUGCAAGGACCUCUAUAAAGUCCACAACGACGCUGCACUGCAGGAGGGUGCAUUUAACCCUGUCACAAUCGCGCUGUUGCAGGGCCUGCCGCCAGGCAUUUCUCGCCUAGCUGCAAAAGGCAGGGAUGUUCCACGAAGCGAACGUGUACCGACGCAUGUCUUGUUUGAUUUGCAUGCAACACUCCCGCCGGAUGUCUUCAACCUGGAUGUGGGGGACUCAGCAGGGAACUUGACCAGCACUUUCGCAUCCCGCUAUGGUCCUCAGGGAGCUCGUCUAUCCACGCACCUCGAGGUGUGGCCUCGAUUUCCAGUGCUUGGGGGCUGGAACUUCGAUUUGAAGGUGUCCUAUGAUAUGCCAGUUAGCUCUUUGAUAUUGCAGCACGGGGUCAACGGAGGCAAAAUCUCCCUGAACAUUCCUCUGGGGCCGCCUUUCCAGGAUUUGUAUGCUGAGUAUAUCUCCCUCACCGUAGCGCUGCCAACAGGCGCUAUUAACAUUCGGUAUUCGUCUACAGUUGAGUUUGAAUAUGUGGAAGAGACGACGGUAAAAUGGUGGCUUGACGUUGUAACAUCGCGGCCAGCCUUGAGGCUGAAGUGGCACUCUGCGUCUCUUCCUCCAACUGAGCACAAGGGGCAUUAUUUGACUGUGACGUUCGACUACCCGUAUUCUGUGGAUUUGGAGCACCUAAAGAAGGCCUUUAUUUUGUUUCUUCUUUUACUCAUAGCCACCAUUUCCACAGUCCUGUACCACUGGAAGCUGAGAUUCUCCAAUACUACGGAGGAAGUACCAGCUGCAGCACAGUAUGUCGCAUUCGGCCGGUUGAAGAAUGAGCUGAUGCACAAAACUGAGGCAGCCAUUUGUGAAGGGCGUGUAUAUAUGGAGUCAAUGUCUGCCGCCAGGCGGGGGAAUCCAGAGUCUAGCGAAAAGCAGAAGCGGGCGCACGAGCAGGAGGAACGUUGGCUGGAAAGUAUGCGCCAGCAUGAAGCUGAUCUCAUUGCUUCGUUAGAGGCGGCGCCUGGGACCAAUGGGGCCAACUCAUCCGUCGGCGUUUUUAAGAAGGCCUUGGAGAGACACCGAGAAGCCGUACUAGCGUUUACUACAGCCUUGCUCAACAACUGGAAGGAGAAGACUGAAGAAGCUAUCCAGGAAGUUGAAGCGUCCACAGAGCAUCUGCGAGGGUUGGCCAGAGAAUGGAAGGGUUCAAGUUUAAAGCAGCACGAGGCUUAA